AUGGGAACUCACAUCAGCGCUCAACUCAAUCACGAUCACAGCUACGUUCAAGCUGUUGAAGGAUUCAACAAGAUUUCGAUCAUCUACACAAUGAACCCGUUCCUCCAAAUCCCGCUCAUUUUCUGGAUGAGCGGCUAUAAAAAAGAGUACGAUGAGCAUUUGAAGGUGCUCAAAACGUUCACCGAGAAUGUGAUUCGAGAGCGACGAGAAGCGUUGGCGAGCGGCGACGUCGAGUUGUCGACAAAAAACGUGCGCAAAAUGAAUUUCCUCGACAUUCUUCUAAGUAUGGAAGAAUCGAACACGCUGAAACCCGAGGAGAUUCGCGAGGAGGUCGACACGUUCAUGUUCGCAGGCCAUGACACAACGUCGUCAUGGGUGGCGUGGGCGUGCUGGCAUCUCGGCCAUCAUCCCGAAAUUCAGCGAGGCGUCUAUGAGGAGCUCGUCGACGUUUUCGGCGACACUGGCGACGUCGACGCCACGUCCGAGCGUCUCGCCCGACUUCACUUCAUCGAUCGUGUGUUGAAGGAGUCGAAGCGAAUGGUGGCGCCGGUGCCGUCGGUUCAGCGAACACUUCGCAACGCGAUCACCAUCGAUGGCUAUCGGAUACCGGCGGGCGCGUCGAUCAACAUCGCGCCGAUGAUGCUGAACAAGAAUCCGAAUGUUUUCGCCAACGCCGACCAAUUCGAUCCCGAUCGUUUUCUGCCCGACGCGAUCGCCCGUCGCCAUCCCUACGACUACAUUCCGUUCUCGGCGGGUCUCCGCAAUUGUAUCGGUCAAAAAUUCGCGCAGCUCAAUGAGAAGGUGAUGCUCGCGAAUUUGCUGCUCAAUUUCGAGAUUGUGCCGGCGUGCGGCUAUCGCGAAACGAGGCCGUGUUUUGAGGUGAUCGCGAAACCAUCGAACGGCAUUCGCGUGCGACUCAUUCCGCGCAGAGGCUGA